AUGCAUGGUGCUGUACUGUUGGAUGAGAACAACAAUGUGCUGAGGCCGGCUAUACUAUGGAAUGAUGGAAGAAGCCAACAGGAAUGUGUAGAGUUGGAGAGUGAAUGUCCUCAAACUGGACAGAUCACAUCUAAUCAACUGAUGCCUGGAUUCCAAGCACCCAAGAUCAAAUGGAUUGAGAAGCAUGAGCCCGACACUUUCAAACGCAUCCACAGAGUCCUCUUGCCCAAGGACUAUCUUCGCUGGAAGAUCACCGGAGUCUUUGCCACUGACAUGUCCGAUGCAUCCGGUACAUCAUUCCUCGAUGUAUCCAAGAGGGAUUGGAGCGAUGUGAUGCUGGCUGCAUGCAAGUUGAAUAGGAGUCACAUGCCCAAGCUGUUGGAAGGCAAUGAGACAAGUGGAAUGGUGUUGGAGUCGGUCGCAAAUGAUUGGAAUAUGUUGUCAGGUGGUGUCCCAGUCGUGGCUGGAGCAGGCGACAAUGCCGCCGGCGCAAUAGGUCUGGGCAUAUACAAGCCUGGACAAGCAAUGCUAUCACUGGGCACGUCUGGCGUGUACUUUGUCGUGGACAAGUCGGUCAAACCAGAUCAUGUGGCCAACGAGAUCAUCAUGUACUGCCACUGCCUGCCACACAUGUGGCAUCAGAUGUUUGUCAUGCUCAGCGCGGCCGAGUGUCUGGACUGGGUGGCGCAGCUGACUGGCGCCACAAGUGUCGAGUCAUUGCUGGCCGAGGUGGAGUCGGGCACUCGCGCUUCUACACCUGUCUGGUUCCUGCCAUUCCUAAGCGGUGAGCGCAAAGCAGGUGACAGUCGACACAACUACGGUUCAUUGAUCGGUCUAACAAACGAGCAUAAGCGUGUGGACAUUGCACGAGCUGUCCUCGAGGGUGUUGCAUUCGCCUUUGCUCGCGGCAUUGACACCCUCCACGCGAGCUGUACAUCCAAGCCCGAGUCGAUAGCGCUCAUUGGUGGCGGGGCACGCAGUGCCAUGUGGCGCCAGAUGUUGGCCAAUGUAACUGGUCAGACGUUAGAGUACUAUGAGGGUGGUGAUGUUGGGCCUGCGCUGGGAGCUGCGCGUCUAGCACAUGUAGCAAUGAAUCCUACUAAGUCACUUGACCAAGUCAUACCGCCCACAACCUCACUCAAUCUUAUCCAACGACACAUACCCGACCCACAACUCCAUCAACAAUAUCUUCAUCUUCAGAAGCACUUUGAUCAACUAUACAACAUCCUUCUACCAUUAUCAUCACUCAAUCAAUCAAUCAAAUGA